AUUUGUCAUAUUUCCCUCCAUACUAACUCUUCUGAUGAAAGCCCUCAGGUUGAAACCUUAAUACGCAGUCUUGUCUAUUUUAGACUAUUGUAACACUACAUUUGAUGAGAAAUUCUGGCCCUUAGUGAAUAUAGGACGCUACAAAAUGGGCAUAUCACAUAUGUGUUUGUCGAUAUUUUAAUUUUGUGACACGUCGACGACACCGCCCACUUUCUUCCCACCAUUGGGAAAUCUAAUGUUCGAGUUGAGAUAAACGACAGCUGAAUUUGAGUAUUUUUUGGAAAGAAAAUAUUAAGUUACCAAAAUGGCGGAAAACAGACUUCACUGGACUGAUUGGUUCAUUAUUGCUUUCUAUUUUCUCUUCACAAUUGGCGCUGGUUUAUUUGCAAAACUUCGUAAGGGUCGCAAAGAGGAGACCGCUGAGAGUUACUUCUUAGCUGGGCGGUCAUUAAUGUGGUGGAUGGUAGGUGGUUCCUUGUUUGCCAGUAAUAUUGGUGGAACACAGUUCAUCGGUGUGUCUGGUGACGCAGCAGCUACUGGUAUCGCGGUUGUCUCGUAUGAAUGGCAGGCCUCGUGGAUUUUACUUCUCCUUGGUUAUCUUUUUGUUCCCGUUUAUCUAAAAGGAGGGAUAUUUACGAUGCCUGAGUACCUGGAGAAACGAUAUAAAAGUCCAGUCAUGCGAGGAAUCCUGACAUUCAUUGCCUUAGUCAGCUAUGUUUUUACCAAGAUUUCUGUUGAUAUAUAUGCUGGAAGUCUUUAUUUCAAAGAGGCAACUGGAAUGAACAUUUAUAUCUCGUCUGUGUUCGUCCUUACUAUCACGGCUGUCUAUGUUGUUUUGGGUGGUCUUCAGGCUGUCACUUACACAGAUGUCUUACAGUGCACGAUCAUGUUGCUUGGCGGAAUCGUUUUAUCUGGUUUAGCAUUUGAUAAAGUUGGUGGAGCUGCAGCAUUGUGGGAUAAAUUUGGGGUCGUUGCCAUGACUGCGGGUAAUAUGACAAACGGUACAACUAUGAGCAGUAAUACAACCUCAGGAUGUUAUAGCAUGACUCCAUAUUGGUCUAACAUGUUUCGACCUGCGAGCGAUCCGGAAUACCCUUGGGUUGGCCUUUGGGUGGCUUUGCCUAUCAUUGGUAUCUGGUACUGGUGUACUGACCAGGUUAUUGUUCAACGUGUUUUGGGAGCGAGGAACAUUGUCCACGCAAAGGGUGGUACCAUCUUUGCAGGUUUCCUCAAAGUCUUACCAAUGUGGCUGAUGGUGAUGCCUGGUAUGAUUAGUCGGGUCCUGUUUCCAGACACAGUCGGCUGCACCGACCCCAAAACAUGUAAAGAAGCUUGUGGUAAUGAGUUGGGAUGUACCAACGAAGCAUAUCCGAAGUUGGUUAUGAAUAUUCUCCCAACUGGUAUGGUCGGUCUGAUGAUGGCUGUCAUGCUCGCGGCUGUGAUGUCAUCCCUUUCGUCCGUCUAUAAUAGCUCAAGUACCAUUUUCACCAUGGAUAUCUGGCAGAAGUUCAUUAGAAAGCAGGCAAGUGAACGGGAGAAAGUCGUUGUCGGUCGAAUGGUUGUUUGUGUUUUGGUAGUUCUUGGUUUGUUAUGGCUUCCCCUUAUUGACCAGGGAGGUGGUGGUCGCCUAUUCAAGUAUCUUCAAACCAUUCAGAUGUUGCUGGGAGCCCCAGUGAUGGCUGUGUUUUCUGUGGGUAUAUUGUGGCAUCGUGCAAACGAAACUGGCGGACUUGCAGGUCUGAUUAUCGGCGUGAUCCUCGGCUUAUCGAGAUUCAUCGCGGAAUACGUGCAUCCCACUCCAGCGUGCAACGAGAAAGAUGACAGACCACUCUUUGCCUCCAUGAACUUCAUGUACUUUGGCAUCAUACUAUUCUGCGUCACUGUGGUGGUGAUUGUCGCUGCGAGUUUUCUGAGAGAAGCAAUUCCUCUCGAAGAUCUCCCUGGCUUGACGUGGAAAACUCUCCAUGACAAGAAGAAGCCCUCCUCUGAUCCUAACCACGAAGGUGAACACGAAUUAUCGCCUGUUGAGGAGACAGAUAGUAUGAUGCCAAAGGAAAAAAGCAGCAAGGUAUUGUGGGUGACUGCUCAUGGUGAUGGUGAAAAUGUCGCCACGGUGGAGAAAGGGCAGCUGACCGAUGGCACGGACGAUGAUGAUGACGUACUACAUCAGACACGUAAGGAGAAGAUAAUUCUUAACUGCGGUACCGCUGCCCUCUUGUUCACACUGCUCGUUGUCUGGAUCUACUAUAGAUAGUCAAACAAAAGUAACAUAUAUAGGUAUACAUCAAGCGAUAAAGGACGCUGCAUGGCAGCCGCUCGCAUUAUCUCAAAAGUAGAUAUGGGAUGAUUGAAAAGUGGCUACACCCCAUUGGGCUCUGUUUAGAAAGAGAGAUAUAGACAUAGGAUGAUAUGAAAUAUAACGUUUUGUACAGCUUGUUUGAUGUCCAACUAUCACAUAAUCAUAGGCGAAUGAUUUAUAGUGCUCUUUAGCAGUCCCAGUGGAAGGGUCUUUGCUCGAAACAUCGCAUCGUUUGAUCCUAUAACUCCCUGAGGCAUUGCGUAGCCCAACCAACAGCUUGGUAAUUUUGUGUUGUGUCUUGUGUACUUGUUUGUGAAAAAAUGAUUUGCCAAUAAACGGUAAUCGAGUCAACUGAUUUAAAAACAUAAAGGCACCCCGAAUCAGAAAGAGUAUACGCUACCAUUUUGUGGACUGCGCGCGCCAUUAGAUAGAAAUGGGUUAGUGGGAAGGGGAUUGAUAGGUCUAACCAGCUGUUCUCUUUACGAGAUAUGAGAGCGGAGUAUGUUUGAGUUAUUGUGGAGUAAUAUUUUGAGUUAAGAUGAUAGUUCAUGAUUUCUGGAGGAGGAGGCUUCU